UUUAAUUCAGUCGAAAUCGGUACAUUAGAAUAGACGGUUCGUUAUAAAUUUAUAAUUAUAAACUUAAAUUAAAAUAUUAAAAAUUUAGGUAAAGAAUAACGGUGAAAGAAUUUAAAAAAAAAUGAAAACAAUAACUGUACUAUUAGCAUUUUUUGCUAUAACAAUGGCAAAAAAACUUGAAGAACGUUUUGCUUGGAAUGUUAUGGAAUAUGAUUGGCCAAAUAGUGAUGUAAUGGAACAUUAUAUAAAAACUGGAAAAUAUAUAAAAGAUAAUAAUUUACCAUUAGGAUUAGAAGUAUGGGGUGAUAAAAUGUUUAUAACGGUGCCGAGAUGGAAAGCUGGUGUUGCAUCAUCAUUAAAUUAUAUUGAUUUAAAUAGUAAAGAUAAAUCACCAAAAUUAAGACCAUAUCCAAGUUGGGAAGCAAAUGAAUUACCAAUUGAAGGUGAUGCACCAAAACUUGAAGAUCGUAUUCAAACAGCUGCUGGACGUGAUCAUGCUGCCAAACCAGUUGCUGUCGGUGAUGGUCUAAAAGAUAAUUCAACAAUUAUAUCAACAUUCCGUGUUCAAGCUGAUGAAUGUAAUCGUUUAUGGGUAAUGGAUACUGGUUUAGCUGAUAUAUUAGGGAAACCAAAUCAAAUAGCACCACCAGCUAUUGUUGUAUUCGAUUUAAAAACAGAUCAAUUACUUAGACGUUAUGAUAUUCCAAAAGAGCAAAUUAAAGAAGAUACAUUUUUUGCUAAUAUUGUUGUUGAAAGUGAUGCCGAUGAUUGUGGAAAUUCUUUUGCAUAUGUACCAGAUCUUGGAAGUUAUGGUUUAGUUGUUUAUUCAUUAAAUGAAAAUAAAUCAUGGCGUGUUAAACAUAAUUUCUUCCAUUUUGAUCCAUUAAAUGGAGAUUUUAAUAUUGGUGGUGUUAAUUUCCAAUGGACUGAUGGUUUAUUUGCUUUAGCUAUUGGUGAUAAAAAAUCAGAUGGUACACGUGAUAUAUGGUUCCAUCCGUUAGCAAGUACAAAAGAAUUUGUUGUAUCAAAUAAAGUUUUACAAAAUGAAACUCAUGUUACCGGUCUUAAUUAUUAUUAUGAUUUUAAAUUAAUUGGUGAUCGUGGUUUAAAUGGUCAAAGUUCAGCUGAAGUAUAUGAUAAAAAAACACAAAAUAUUUUUUAUACACAAUUAAAUAAAGAUGCAAUUGGUUGUUGGAAUACAAAUAAAGAAUAUAGACCAGAUUCAGCUGGUUUAGUUGAUUCAGAUAGUAAUGCAUUAAUAUUCCCAAAUGAUCUUAAAGUUGAUAAAAAUGGUAAUUUAUGGGUAUUAUCAGAUCGUUUGCCAAAUUUCAUUUAUAAAACAUUAGACAAUGAUGAUGUUAAUUAUAGAAUAAUGAGAGGUACAACAUCAGAAAUUAUUAAAGGUACACCAUGUGAAAAUUGAAAGGAAAAUAUGUUUAAAUACAUAAAUGCGUUGGAAAAUUAAAAAAAUUUUUUAAAUGUGAUUUAAAUUUUUUUUUAUAUUUUGUAAAUUUUGUAGAUUUAAGUUUUUUAUAAUUGUAACACCUUUUUUUUUCAUAAAAUGUGUAAUUUAAUACAUUCGAUUUGUACCUAUUUGUACCGAUUCGUAACUGUAAUGAAAAUAAAUUUUAAAAAAAGCAUUUUGUAAGAUAAA